CCCGCGCGCCGGCGCCUCGCAGGGCAGGGACCCCGGGGCCGAGCGCGCCGCCGGGACCCCGCCCGUGCCCGCGCGCCGGAGCGAGCCAGGAAAAUCCGUCUUCUCUGGAGGGUGAACCUUUAUAGCCUCGACUUCACGGAUCUGGUAACAUGGCAAAAGAUGCCGGUCUAAUUGAAGCCAACGGGGAACUCAAGGUCUUCAUAGACCAGAACCUUAGUCCUGGAAAAGGCGUGGUGUCCUUGGUGGCCGUCCACCCCUCCACGGUGAGCACGCUGGGGAAGCAGCUCUUGCCAAAAACCUUCGGACAGUCCAAUGUCAACAUCGCACAGCACGUGGAAGCGGCACCGGAAAGGGGAGAAGAACGGGAAGGGCCUGCGACACUUCUCCAUGAAAGUCUGUGAGAAGGUGCAGAGGAAGGGGACCACAUCCUACAACGAGGUGGCCGACGAGCUCGUUGCCGAGUUUAGUGCCGCCGACAACCACAUCCUCCCCAACGAAUCUGCUUAUGACCAGAAGAACAUAAGACGACGAGUCUAUGAUGCCUUAAAUGUGCUGAUGGCCAUGAACAUCAUCUCCAAGGAGAAGAAGGAGAUCAAGUGGAUCGGUCUGCCCACCAACUCGGCUCAGGAAUGUCAGAACUUAGAGGUGGAGAGGCAGAGGAGGCUGGAGCGGAUAAAGCAGAAGCAGUCUCAGCUUCAGGAGCUCAUCCUGCAGCAAAUUGCCUUCAAGAACCUGGUGCAGAGGAACCGCCAGGCAGAGCAGCAGGCCAGCCGGCCGCCCCCGCCCAACUCCGUCAUCCACCUGCCCUUCAUCAUCGUCAACACCAGCAGGAAGACCGUCAUCGACUGCAGCAUUUCCAACGACAAGUUCGAGUACCUGUUCAACUUCGACAACACAUUUGAGAUCCAUGACGACAUUGAGGUGCUGAAGCGCAUGGGGAUGGCCUGCGGCCUCGAGUCCGGCAGCUGCUCCGCCCAGGACCUGAAGACGGCCAGGAGUCUGGUGCCCAAGGCGCUGGAGCCCUACGUGACGGAGAUGGCUCAGGGAUCGAUCGGAGGGGUGUUCGUCACAUCAGUGUCCACCUCCAAUGGCACGAGGCUUUCUGCCAGCGACCUGACCAACGGUGCGGACGGCGUGCCGGCCACCAGCUCCAGUGGGUCCCAGUACAGCGGCUCCCGGGUGGAGACCCCCGUGUCCUGCGUCGGGGAGGACGAGGACGACGACGACGACUUCAACGAGAACGAGGAGGAGGACUGACGCCGCGGGCGCCCACGGCCCACGCCGGGGAAGCCUGCCCUCUGCGCGGGCGGCGGCCCGCGGCGGCCCCUCCCGGGGAGACGCCCCAGCGAGCGGGCGAGGGCUGCGUCCCGCGGGGGCCGAGGGUGCGCCGGGGCGCCAGCCGCGACCGGGGCCUCUCUCCGCUGCCCAGGAUCUCGCUUGCGUUGUCCGUCUGUAGCUCAGAGCCCACUCUGGCCCGUGGUUCUUGCUGAGUGAGCCUCCUCCCGCGGCCCCCGGCGGCCAAGCCCUGCUCCUCCGCGCUGGGCCGCAGAUCGUACUGGGACUUUAUUUUCCCUUAAGUUAUAUUGACUGUGUGACUCCAUCAAGUUCAUACGUUUUAUUUUCCUCGAUGUUGCAGCAAAUUGCCAAGUUCUUUAUUCGUUUUGUUUCGUUUGGUAAAAGUUCACUGCCUUGCUGGUGCAGCUGCGAGAACUGGAGGGCUUGGAGCGGCGGGCGGCCUGCGGCUCCGCGGGCUUUCCUGUACAGCUGUUUACACACCCACACGUCUGUCUUGACGCACACGGAAACAAACGCCGUCUUUGUUUCGUGAGCAUCUUCCUGUAACUACGAUAAAGUUGACAUUAAAUAUAGAGAAUGUUCUAACAGUUUUUUAACUCAGAAUUUGUCAAUCAUUUUUAAUAGUUCUUUUUUUAUAAAAAGAAACGGGAUUUCAGGACAGGCAGUCGUCCCUUUUAAAACUUAUUCACAGAGAACCAUUAACCGCACAGUUGCUGUUAGCUGCCUGUUCUACAACAAUAGUCUUUUUAUUGAAACACAAAUAAACUUUUCUGUAAUAUUUUAUGGAAUAUAAAGAGACUUUAAUUGUUUGACUUGUUUAACUCGGCACUGUUAGUUUUUAUUAAUAAAACGCGCAUGGGCAUUUUAAACCA